CGCCGCCGCCGGGGCCGCCGCCAACCCCACCGGCUCCGGCUCGGGGUCCGAGGCCGCGUCUCAGGCCGAGCGGGCGGCCGGAGCGGGGCCGCGGCCCCCGGCCCUCGGCGCCCGGCCCUGCGUGGCCGCCCCUGCCGCCGCCCGCGCCCGCCGGGGCCCGGAGGGAUGUGGGAGCCACAGGAUGCCCGGCCUCGGCACCGGAAAGAGGUUUAAGCCCACCAAGUACAUCCCGGUCUCCACGGCCGCCGCCCUCCUGGUGGGCGCCUCCACGCUCUUCUUCGUCUUCACGUGCCCCUGGCUGACCAGAGCCAUCUCCCCAGCUGUCCCCAUCUACAAUGGGAUCGUUUUCCUCUUUGUGUUGGCCAACUUCAGCAUGGCUACCUUCAUGGACCCCGGGGUCUUCCCUCGAGCGGGUGAGGAUGAGGACAAGGAGGAUGACUUCCGGGCGCCGCUCUACAAGAACGUGGAGAUCAAGGGGAUCCAAGUGCGGAUGAAGUGGUGUGGCACCUGCCAUUUCUACAGGCCCCCUCGCUGUUCUCACUGCAGCGUCUGUGACAACUGUGUCGAGGACUUUGACCAUCACUGCCCCUGGGUCAACAACUGCAUCGGGAGGCGCAACUACAGAUACUUUUUCCUCUUUUUGCUGUCCCUCAGUGCACACAUGGUCGGCGUGUUUGCCUUUGGGAUGGUCUUUGUUCUCCACCACCCUGAACAGCUAGGGGCAGCCCACACAGCCAUCACAAUGGCGGUCAUGUGUGUGGCCGGCCUCUUCUUCAUUCCUGUCAUCGGCCUCACUGGCUUCCAUAUUGUCCUGGUGGCCCGGGGCCGUACCACCAAUGAGCAGGUGACAGGCAAGUUCCGUGGAGGCGUUAAUCCGUUCACUCGUGGAUGCUAUGGGAAUGUAGAGCAUGUACUUUGUAGCCCGCUGGCACCCAGGUAUGUGGCAGAGCCCAAGUUGAAGCUGGCCGUGAGCGUGAAGCCCCCGUUUCUGCGACCUGAUCUCUCCGACAGGCAGGUCUCAGUGAAGGUCAGUGACAAUGGAAUCCAGACCAGCUUGAGCCGCAGCAAGUCCAAGAUUAGCCUGGGAGGCCUGGAUGAAAAGUCCCUGGACCUGCAGCCUCCCCUGCCUCCCAAGGGAGAGUCUGGCAAGUACACUGAGCUUCAGGGGAGCAGCGAUGAGGGUGGCCUGUCCCCUAAACUGACCAGCCCCCCGACUCCUGCCAUGUACAAGUAUCGGCCUGGCUUCACCAAUAAUUCCAAGAUUCACUACCAUGCCACAGCUGACCAGAUCACGCUUCAGGACGGCAGCCUGGGGGAGGGUGAUGCUGGCACCCUCGACUACCAGUCGGAGCCCAACCUGGACCUCCCCGACUACCACCGGAGUGCCCUUCACAAGACCUAUCAGUCGUCCCCGCUGCACAUGGAUUCCUAUGCCGCCAACUCGCGCUCCCUGAGCCUGAAGUCGGCCGGCAGGCAAGGGCCGGAUCAAGUGGCCCUGCAUGCUCUGAAGCCCGAGGGAGCCCCCCCCACCCCCUACAAGACCAUCUUUUCUCCCAACUCCCUGUCUAACCGCAACAGCAGCCUGUCCUACGACAGCUUGUUGAACCCCAUGUCGCCGGCGGGCCGCAAGUGCCCGGCGCACUCGGUGGUCAGCUCGGCGGGCUACCACUCGCCCUACCUGUCGGCCAAGGUGUGCCACCUGCGCGGGGGGGAGCUGCAGCGGCCCGGGCCCCGCAGCUUCAGCCCCGUCCUGGGCGGGGGCGCGCCCGGCUCGCACCCCCGGGACCCUUCUCCGGUGCGCUACGACAACCUCUCCAAGACCAUCAUGGCUUCCAUCCAGGAGCGCAAAGAGAUGGAGGAGAGGGAGAAGCUGCUGCACUCGCACCCGGACUCCGUGUUUGGCGAUUCCGGGGUCUAUGACACCCCCAGCUCGUACAGCCUCCAGCAGGUCAGCACGCUGUCGUCCGACGACCCCCGCAGCCUGGCCCUGCCCUGUGGCUCCCGGGAGAACCUGACGUCGGCCGGAGGCUUUGGCGCCAGGAGCCCCUUGCUCCAGUCAUCUCUGUCCUCCCUCUCGGGGGUCAUGGCGCGCGCCCCGAGGACUUCCACCACCUCCCUCCAGGCCGACUUGGCCAACAAUAACGUUCAGAGCCACCAGACGCUGCAGGGCCGGGGCACCGCUGGCCCCUACAUGUCCCCGGCCCAUCAAGUCCCCACCUUCCCCUCCGGAAUGCCGCGGUCGCCUUCCUAUGGGGGCUCCAAGGCGGUCUCCUUUAUUAAUACUGUGGACAUCACAGAGCCGCCCCCUCUAGGAGUUCAAAGGGAGCAUGUGCUGCUGAAGACCCCUCAGAGUAUUCUAAACGGACAGUCUAAAGGCCUUCCCAGAUUGGGGCCUGUGGCCAGCACCCAGGGGGUCCCCGGAAGCCCCACCAGACACACAAAUGUUAAGAAGGUGUCUGGAGUAGGUGGGACCACAUAUGAAAUUUCAGUGUGAAGAGGGAGCCUCCCCCUCUUCUGGCCUUGUGACCGACGGCACCCUGAAGAUGGAAACCCAAGAAGAUGACACGGGGGGUUUGCCUGCUGUUGUUCCUGUCUUUCUCUCUCUUCCUCCCUACAAACCCACCUUCUUCAACCUCUUUCCCCUCCCCACAACCCCAAGGGAAUGGAAUGAACAGUCUUGAGAACUGACUGACUUGGGAUUGUCAGGAGAGUAGGCACGUGUACAUCGGUCCAUUCCCAAAGAGGCUCCGAUUUGGGGACCAGUUGGAGAUGCUGUGCCAGACAGGGUGUACACAUCUGUCUUGGGGAGAGCCGGAGGGCCCCCAGUUUGUGGCUGCGGCAAGCAGCACCCCUCUGCUGAAGACAAGCCCAGACAACAAGGGUGUGUCUGUGUCCCUGGGUUCUUCAGUCCUCUCCCUAUCAGCCGCCUGGGCUGACUGUGGCUGUGGGUAGGUGUGGAUCAGAGAAGGAUGGGCCACAGAAACACCCCCCCCCCCCCCGCCCCAUUUCUAAGAAGCCGGCUUGUCCAGAUGCAUCAGCCCCACAGGCACAGCACCUCCCCUGUGUCUCUCCUUGUUCCCCAGCCCAGCCUCCAUCAAAGUGCCACCACUUGAUUGGAGGAGUGUGAAGCGGCAGGGCUGAGCCUUCCGUCCUAUGGGGUCACCUGACUGGGCAGUAUGGAGGGCUUGGGGCUCAGCCACAUCCUAUGAGCCCACUUUGCUACCCGGCUCAUACUCUCCUCUUUCUUUCUCUGUUCACACAAGACUUUUUUUUUUUCCACUUUGGACGGAGCUCAUCAUCUCUACUCUGAAUUUUUCCAGGCAGAGCACACAUACCUCAUUAGGCUUGACCACAAAGACGGGGUAGGGUGAUUCCAUUAAGAAUCCAAAGGAAAUCCCUUUUGUUCCCAUUGAUGCUCUUGGAGAGAGAAGAGCAGGCAUAAAAGACCUCUGCUGCUUGGUUGACCAACUUGUGAGAAAGAAGGCACAUCUCUCACUGAAACUAUGCAGAAACUGCUUGCCAAGUGUGCGCCCGAGAUCCUGGCUGAGCGUGCGCCCCUUCCCCCCCCCCAGUCCAGCUGGCUUCCCCUAGCUAGCUCCUUGCAUCAGGUCACAGGAGCGGAAGUUGCCGUGUAGAAAGCUGAGGGGACAGAGACACUUUUCCAAGGAUGGUGUGAACUCCCACGGACCCUGUCUCCUUGCCUUGAUGAGAAGUGAGGAGCUAAGGAUGUGAAGGAUACCGCCGCAUGCCUACUGCUCUCGGCUCCGGGGUAAAUGGUGAUCUGAAGAGUGUGAACUGGUCUAGCUUCAGUGAAGUCCCACUGGGGCCAUGCCUCAGCCCUUGAGGACCCCAGAAUUCUUUGUGGUCUAACCAGCACGAAGAUGCCAGCCAAUUAUUUCAAUCUUCCUGGAGCUGCUAGCCUUGGUAGACACAUGCCUGAUACCGACAUCUACGAAAGGACCCAAAGUUACCAUAUCUAGAACCCUUAGUCAUGAACCAUUGGCAGGCACCCAGAUGCUCCAGUGAAUCCCUCUGGGCUUGGCACAUGGAAACACCCCAACUUCCUGUCUCUAUUAACGAGUUGCCUUUUCCCCAACCUCGUUCAUUAUUAUAUUUAGCUUCACCAGUUUUCCAUCCUUCCUUCCCAGCCCCCCCCUCUCUUUUUCUCUCUCCAAGACCUCCAAAUGCCUCCAUUUCUUGGCUUUGAGGAGGAAAAUAGUGUUACCCUUUGUAUUUGCCGAUUCCUUUUGUGCCGUGUGUGACAAGAGGGGUGUGUGUGGAUUUUUCCAGGAUGAGUAGCAAUAGUUUGGGUCUCCAAUCCUUCUGUUCAUGGGUCCGCCUCCCCCCCCCCCAAUCCCCUCACCAAGCCAAUAAUUCUGUUGUCUCUGUUCUCUGGUCUUCUAGAAUCUGUCAUUUGUCCAUACUUUGUAUUCACUGUAUAAUGUGGUGGGGGCAAACUGUGCUUAUGACUGUGGGGACGUGUUGUUACUUGAAGCCUUAAUUCUCCGUGUUUCUAUUGCUGGGUGGGUUGAUGUAAAUGGAAACCAUUAGUUAAUUACCUUUGGGAAUCAUAGACCUGUGUGGAUAAAGCAGGCUGGAUUUACCCCCUUAUCUCCACCCUGACCUCUCUAGGUCCCUGUCAGAAAUGAUAACCCUUGGGGCCCACUUUCUGCCAUUCAGGACCAUUAGGUGUCCAGAUCAGGAGCUUGGGCCAAGAAUGUGCUCAGAUUGACCUCACUGAGAAGCGCAUUUUCAUCAUUUGCUUCUGUGUGGGUUGCUUUAUUUUUAUUUUUUUGGUUUUAUAUAAUUUUAUUAAAAAAAGAGAAACCA